AUGAUGGGUGUUGCAGGGCAUAUUGACAGAUUUGAUGAUAAAGAUGUGUAUUUGAUGAUAAAGGGGGGUGGCAGAAAAUUCUGUUUUCGCAAGCUUUACGUCCGCCACAAUAGAAAGGAGAAGAACGUCCCCUUGCAGAAAACAGAUAAGGAGCCGUUGAAACGGAAGGAGACAAAGAUCGGAACGUUGCGUAAAGCGUUUGGCAAAAUACUCCCUUUUCGAACCUGA